AUGCUUGGAAGAUACAUGCCUUUUCAGAAACGGCUUCCUUUACAGAAGCGAGUACCCCGUGUGGAAUGCGAAACGCCGACGUUAAACUCGCUCGCCUCCGAUCUCUGUCAUCUCACCGAACCGAACGCAGCCACCGUACUCGACUCGUUGGCACGACGAUAUCAGCAAAAUGUCAUUCAUGUGGGUGAUUCUAUCAUUCAUCGUCUUAUCAUUUUCUGUCAGAACUAUUUCUGA